AUGUUAUGGACAUAUGCUGUGAUGGCUUCAGCAUAUAUAAGGAAUAGGUGCUUCAAUGACAGAUUGGGCAAAACCCCAUAUGAAGCCUUAACUGGCAUAAAGCCAAAUCUGAAUAAUAUGCACGUAUUUGGUGCAGUAUGCUAUGCAUAUGUGCAAGGUUCUAAGAAGCUUGAACCUAGAAGUAAGGAGGGGAUUUUUGUAGGGUAUGACAAAAAUAGCCCUGCAUAUUUGGUGUACUAUCCAGAAAGUACGAAAGUUGAACGAGUGAGAUGUGUUAAAUUCUUUGAUUCAACUGAAUUUGAUAACGAGAACCGUCAAAUUGACGAAGAGAUUGUCUCACUUCCCCGCAGUACUUCUUACGGUGAGCAACAAACUGGAGCUGAUGAGAAUAUUGAACCAGCUAUUCCACCAGUAGAGGGUGAAGUAAGUAGAGUAAGGUACCCUACCAGGACUCACAAUAAACCCGCUUACCUAAGUGAGUAUGUUGUAGAAAGUAUCACUGAUAGUAGCGCUAAUGUUGCAAUAGAUUAUUGCUAUAGGAUGAAUGACAUCCCAGCUUGUUAUUUACAAGCAGUAAAUUCACCAGAUUCAGCUCGGUGGAAAAAGGCAAUGGAUGAAGAAUUUGACUCUCUGGUAAGUAAUGAAACAUUUACACUUACCAUGGUUCCACCCAACCGCGAGAUAGUAGGUGGAAAAUGGGUGUACACAAUUAAAUCGGGUCCUAACGACGAGGAGACAUAUAAGGCUAGGUACGUAGCGAAAGGCUAUUCCCAAGUCCCAGGUGUGGACUACCAUGAAACAUUUGCACCAACAGCUCGGAUGAGCUCAAUUCGAGUAUUAAUGCAGCACGCGGUGCAAAACGAUAUGAUUGUCCAUCAGAUGGAUGUUAAGGCAGCAUAUCUAAAUGCCCCCAUUGAUUGUGACAUCUUUGUUGAACAACCUAAAGGCUAUGAAAAAGUGAAGGGAAAUGGUAAGAAACUUGUUUGCAAACUCAAUAAGUCUCUGUACGGUCUCAAACAGAGUGGUAGGAACUGGAAUGCAACACUUCAUAACUACUUGGUGAAGGAAGGGUUUAUGCAAUCCCAGGCUGACCCUUGUGUCUACCAUAAGUUUGUUGAUGGUGAUGCCAGUAAGUGCAUUAUCUUGAUUAUUUGGGUAGAUGAUUUACUUAUUUCUGCAAGUAACCAGACUCGUCCCCAGUCGCUUUAAGAGCGGGCGCGCGGCCAGAAGUGGGCGCGUAGAGGCUCACGGCAAGGGCGAAAGAAGAAAAUUUAGCGACUGGCAGAUUACUGUGAUUUUUCUUGCAAGAAAUUGUUUUUCUUGCAAACUAAUAUUUUAUGCUUCAAUUUUGGAUUUUUUGACAUUGGUAUACAUAAAUCGAUCAUUUUAUGAUGUAGUCUCUGCAAAGUGCGUAUUUUUAUCAAGUAUAUCGGCCUUAAAUUGGUCAAGUCUGGAGUACUUCAAAAUGGCGGACUCUGAUGAACUUAGAUGGUGAGUCUAAAAGAUAAUAUAAUACAUUCUACCACUUGAAUGUCUUGAAUUUGUUGACCCUUUGAGCCGUAGCAUAAAUUUGCGUAUACUAAAGAAAUUAAGAAACUGGAAUUCAUUAUACGCUCGGCUGAUUAGCGCCAUGUUGCCUUGUUUCAAGUUGUAAUUUUUGUCGUUCUGAACUAUAGACUUCAAUUCCAUAAAUUCAGAUGAAUGUCCUAAGACCAGCACUCCUAGAACUCCUAAAGCGAGAAAGUUACUGCCAUUUGACGUCAAACACGACCUAACACCAGAUUCUAAGAGUCCGGGAUUACCAAGAAGGCAAGAACUAAAUGCAGGAAAGUUGUUCAAGGUUGGAACUUGUAUUUUUAAUAAGUCACUUGUUUGAAUGUGCAGGUGAUGUUGGCACAUUAGUUCCUGGAGAUCUUCAGGGCUCUUUAAAGACUAUAUGCAUCAAAACAGAUGGGUUGAGACUUAAACAAGAGGAUGUUGUUACUGAUGAUCUUAGUGUAAAAAGCCACCUUUCAAGAGCUUUGGCAGCCAUAUUUCCUAACUGUGAAAAGAAAAGGGUGUUGUGCGAACAUAAACAAAUAUAUUCUUUUUACAUGUGUAAAGGCUGAUGUGCAUAUGUAAUACAUGAUCAAUCCAAUUCAUAACAUUGUAUUACAAAUGACAUAAUAUUUUUAUAUUUGUCUGGUAUAUUGUGUUUUGGUUUUAAUCUUCCUCAGGAUGCUAUGUCACAGAAUAAGGUACACAGAAGGCCGACUUCUUGGGUUUUCCUAUGAUUUAGGCGUAACCUGUAAUUCGUCAUCAAAUGCUAACGCCAUGGUCCUAGCCAGUGCGCGUUUGAGAGGCAUUCACCCCUGAUAUUAUUCAAAAUGGCGAACAUCCAGGGGGGAAUGCCUCUUAAACGUGCACUGGCUAGGACCAUGGCGUCAGCAUUUUGAUGAUGAAUCAUGGUGUGGCAGUGGUUACUCGAGUCAACCCUCUGUGUGCCUUAUUCUGUGGCUACAUGCCCCUCACUCACCUUCCCCCCCUGAAUUUUUCUGCACAACCACCCACCCCCCACCAUGCAGAUAACAUAUGAAAGUAUAAAGCUUUAUUAAGUUAAUAUAAUAGACAUGCUCCACUACAUCAUGUACAUUAACUGUAAUUAUAAUACAUUUUAGUUUUAAAUUAAUUUAAAAUUAUUCACUGUUAAUAAUUCCAUUGAAGAAGUCCAAUUAAAAUGGUUCAAAAUUAAUCCAGCUUUUGUGUCUUCAAUUUCCAUACAUCUUGCUUGGUACUGCAGUAUUUUGCCACCCAGAUCAAGAUUAACCCUUUAAGUGGCAAUGCACCCUGAUAUGCCCCACAUUAUUAUUUUACUCUGUCUAACACCAGACAAUUUACUCAUAAAGGGAGAGUGCUGUCACUCUAGGGCUUAAUUGGGAAACCAGGGUGAGUCAGGACAAAUUCCCAAUUGUGUGAUAAAUGGUGUCCCAAUUGUAAGAUAAUUCUGGAAUAAACAAGAAUAUAUUAUAUGUUGUAAAGUUGAGUACAGAAAUGAUGAUGGGAAAAACAAGAGAUACCAGAACCAUUGGUGGUGCAAUUAUCAGACUUAAUGGUAUAACAAUCAAAAGUCAGUGCCGUAGCAAGUUCGAUAAUUGGGGGGGGGGGGCCUCAUAUUCAUAUAUUCAUAUUCACAGUCCAUAAAAACAAUCAAUUUCAAAAGAAAUUAAUAACGCAGAACACAAAUAUAAUAUAUGAAUAUGAGCCUCCCCCAAUUAUCGAGCUUGCUAAGGCACUGAAAGUGGCCCUAAACGUUGGCCAUGAUACAAGGUAGAAAUUACCUUAUCAUUUCAAGGACUAUGAGUGCAAGGAUUGUCAGAACAUAGUUAGAAGUAAUUGCCAGAUGUAGUAUAGUCAAGAUUGUGUAAUAUAUGUUAAUCAGUUGUCCUAAUUAGUCAUUGUAAUAUAUUCAUAACAGUUUGUAUAAAUAGCAUACGUAUGUCAAUAAAGUGCUGAUUAAACUACCCGAGACUGAGUAUAUUAUAUUGGCGACGAAGGUAAAAAAUUAAGGCGUAACAUGGCUACGUACGGUCGAAUAGAUGAAUACGACGAGAGUGAAGAAUGGACACAGUAUGUGGAGCGAAUGGAUCACUAUUUCGAAGCGAAUGAUAUCGAAGACAAAGAUAAGAAACGCUCGAUUUUCCUGAGUGUUAUAGGUGCGAAAACCUAUAAACUACUGCGAGGUUUAAUACGGCCAGAGGUUCCGAACAAAUUGUCAUAUGAAGAAUUAUCUGAAGCUAUAAAAAACCAUUAUGUUCCGAAGCCAUCAGUAAUUGUACAACGUUAUAAAUUUAAUACUCGGGUCAGAAGAAACGACGAAUCAAUCUCGACUUUUAUGGCCGAACUUCGGGCAUUGUCUGAACAUUGUGAGUUCGGUAGUGCAUUAGAUGAAAUGUUGAGAGAUCGAUUAGUCUGUGGCGUCAACGAAGAUCGAAUACAGAGACGUUUACUGGCUGAACCGACAUUAGAUUUAAAACGAGCUUUAGAAAUUGCACACGGGAUGGAAACAGCCGCUAAAGAUGUUCGUGACUUGAAGGGAGAAAUGCCAAAUAAACACUCGAUGAAUAAAUUACACGGCGGUAGACACAGCGACGAAUACAAAGAAUGUUAUCGUUGUGGUGGUAAACACGACCAUACAAAGUGCCGUUUUAAAACUGAAAAGUGCCAUCAAUGCGGUAAAAUUGGACACAUAGCGAAAGUGUGCCGAAGUUCUAAGAAGGUUUCAAGCGAGAAACGACUAAAGCAAGGGAAAAACUUUCGGGGGAAAAAGGACGGGAUUCGGAAAUGAAUAAAGUUGAACAGCAUCAAAGCGACGAAGAGCUAGCGUAUAAUUUAUUCAGCUUCAAAGACAAAGAGAAAACACCGCCGUAUCGCGAAAAAAUGACAGUGAAUGGUAUUGAUAUCAACAUGGAGAUUGAUACGGGAGCAUCGUUCUCGGUGAUUAAUGAGAAAACAUUGCAAGAAAUUAGUCGCGGUAAAGGAAAUCUCGUCUUAAAACAAACUGAAAUUUCCUUACGUACCUACACUGGUGAGAAAAUAUCUCCGAAGGGAAUUACUGAAGUGGUGGUCGAAUACAAUAACCAAGUUAGUCGGUUACCCUUAUUGGUGCUGAAAGGCAAUGGUCCUAAUUUGAUUGGUCGAAAUUGGCUUGAAAACAUUUGCUUAAAUUGGACAAGUAUCAAACGACUAGCCAAGCCUAACUUAGAAGAGGUUUUAAACAAGUACGACGACUUGUUUACAGACGAAUUAGGCAAAUUGAAUGGCGUGACUGCCAAGAUUUACGUCGACCCGUCAACGAAACCGAUUUUUUGUAAAGCUCGGUCGGUACCAUACACGAUGAAACCUAAGAUUGAAAAGGAACUCGAAAGGCUCGAAAGACAAGAAACAAUUGAAACCGUACAGUAUUCAGAUUGGGCAACGCCAGUGGUACCAAUCAUGAAACUUGACGGAAGUGUUCGAUUGUGUGGGGACUACAAAAGGACUGUGAACAAAGUUUCCCGUUUGGAUGCCUACCCUUUACCUAAGAUCGAAGAAGUUCACAAUAAACUGGCAGGAGGGAAAACAUUCACUGAGCUCGAUUUAAGCCACGCUUACGAACAGAUGGUCCUGGACGACGCCUCGAAGGACGUGGUAACGAUAAACACGCAUCGUGGUUUGUACCGGUACAACCGUCUGCCAUAUGGUGUAUCAUCUGCGCCUGGAAUUUUCCAAAGAACGAUGGAAAGUUUACUCAACGGAAUUCCAUACACUGGCAUCCUUCUUGAUAACAUUUUGAUUUCUGGACCGACGGAUGAAGAACACCUUCAGAACCUGGAAGAAGUGAUGAAGCGUCUUUCUGAAGCUGGGUUACGUCUAAAGAAGUCGAAGUGUCGUUUUAUGCAACCUACCCUCGAGUGUUUGGGUUACCGUAUCGACGAAACGGGUAUUUAUCCAGUUGAAGCCAAGGUGAAAGCAGUUCAAGAAGUACCUACACCUACCAAUGUUACCGAGUUGAAAGCAUACUUGGGAUUGCUCAAUUUCUAUGGUAAAUUCUUACCAAAUCUGUCAACUGAGUUAGAGCCACUGUACCAGCUACUUCGUAAGAAUCAGAGAUGGAAAUGGAACACAGAACAGAUUCGUGCAUUUGAACGAUCUAAGACUUUGUUACAAUCUGCAACAGUGUUAGUCCAUUAUGACCCAAACAAGAAAUUAACCGUAUCCUGUGAUGCUUCACCCUAUGGUGUUGGAGCG